AUGCUUCCCAUUGAGCUUGUAUUCCAAGUUAUCGAACACCUACACUCCGACAAGCCAACCCUUUCUUCCUGCAGCAUCCUUUCCCGUGCGUGUCUCCGCCUCGCACGUCCUCUGCUCUUCCGUCGCCUCGUCAUCACUUGCUUCCACCCUGACAUCCUCAGCAGAGGAAGCGACGAAAACCCCAUCCGAUUCUUGUCCGAAAAUCCAGACGUUGGUUCGCUCAUCCGCGCCGUGGUGUUCAGGAAACCGCUGUCACACAACGACCCUCAUGUCAAACAUUCACUCAGCCUCUCCGUCCUGGUCGCCACCUUGUCUCGCCUCCCGGCUCUUACCGAUCUGCGCUUGGAAGGGCUCGUACUCGACGUCGACCGCUAUCAAUACAUGGGGUUUUUUCACAUAAAGGGCCUGCAGCUUAUCGACCUCGAACGGACUGCCCCCUCGAAGCUCAUCCCCUUCAUAACCCUCUUCUUCGCCAUCGGUGUCCUCACAAUACACUACGAAGACGGGGAUACAGGAGACGAAGAAGAAUGCCCGCCAACAUUCGGAGCCGCGCCCACCGUACGGGUCCGGGAAGCAAUCCUCCGCGUCCGCGCAGACUGCUGGGCCUACCUCUCGCAGCUCGGGCGCAUCCUCUGCAAGGCCACCUCGCUCACCGAGCUCGAGCUCGAAAUGCGGCUCUUCACGCCGUCCGCAUACAACACCGACGUCCAAGCGGGGCACGCGUUGCCGUUCGGGUUGUGCUCCUCCCUCCGCACUCUCACGGUGCUGAGCACGCUCCCGACCGCGCCUCGCGCGUACGGCACCCUCGCGGACGCGACAAAGCUCGUCGCGAUGGGCCUCGCGCAGGCCGCCCUCGACGGCCUUGCGCUCGCGGAGCUGCGUCUCAUUGUCGACAUGGCGCCCGGAUAUGUACGCAACCCCAGCCAGAUCAAGCAGCGGAUCCCGUGGGGCGAGCUGGACGGCGCACUCGCCGCGCUCCCGUGCGUCGACCGCGUUGUUGUCCGCUUUCGCGUGCUUUCGUUCGUGGACGAAGACGAUCGCGGCCCCCCUGCGGAAGUGCUUCGAGACGAUCGCGAAGUCACAGAGGGACACGUGAGGGGAUGGAUGCCCCGGAUUGUCGCAGCAGGAGUUACGGUGGAUCUGAAUAUAGAGGUAAGUCUCAAAGCCAUCAUCCUGCCAGAUUUCCAGCCUAAUGAGAUCUGGCAGUAUUGA